ACCAAACUUCAUUUUUCCCAUAUUUGUUUUUUCUUCGUCGUUAAUCAUCAGCCAUGUCUUCCAAUCCAAAUCAACACAUCGACGAGCGUCAAUGGAUCAUUAACAUCCGACGAACUCUUGAGGAAGAGCUCGAACUUAGCGACAUAGAAAUUCCCGUGUGCAUAUUCAGCGUGCCCAAACCCUUGAGGUCUAGCGAUCCCGAUUCUUACACUCCACAAGAAGUAGCAAUUGGUCCUUACCAUUAUUGGCGUCCGGAGCUGUAUGAGAUGGAAAGGUACAAGCUUGCAGCAGCUAAAAGAACUCAAAGAAAUCUUCAUGGCGAUAUUAAGUUUCAGUAUGUUGUUGAACAAUUGUCUGAACUUGAGCCGACAAUUCGAGCUUGCUAUCAUAAGUUCUUAGAUGUUAGUAGCGAAACUUUAACUUGGAUGAUGGCUAUUGAUGCAUCAUUCUUGCUUGAGUUCCUUCAGAUCUAUGCCAUCAAAGAAGGAAAGGCGAGCAGAAGGGUUUCCUCAAGAUCCAUGUUGCAUAUUCUUGAUUAUGCAGGGUCAAAAGCCGCUCAUAAUGCUAUUUUAAGAGAUAUGGUGAUGCUUGAGAAUCAAAUUCCAUUAUUUGCGUUGAGGAAGAUGCUUGAAGUUCAAUAUUCAUCGUCAGAAUCAGCUGAUGAGAUGUUGGAGGCUAUGUUAAUUGGGUUCUACGAAGAACUUUCGCCUUUCAAGAUGAUGCAGGACACGCCGAAGAUCCGCGUUUCAGAAUCUGCGCACUUGCUAGACUACUUAUACGACACAAUUGUGCCGAAAGUACAACUACAGUCGCAGUUGACCGGGAGUACUGAUCAGGAUAAUGGUGGAGCCGCACAAAAGGACGGAUUUUCAGGUGACUCAACGUUCUUAAAAAAGCUCAUGAAUGAGAUUUGGAAGCUACUCUCAAAGUUAAACAAGAGGCCGAUACGUCUAAUCCAAAAAAUUUUACUAUCCAAACCAAUGAAAUUGAUUCUUAAAUUGCCUUGGAAGCUACUGUCUAAGCUUCCUGGGCUCUCAAUCUUGGCACAACCUCUUCAAGUUUUAAUGUCAGGAGGCGGCGAGGAGAAAGAUCCUGACGGUGAGAGUGACAGUAACAAGCCACCAUUAGUGGAGGAAAUCACAAUUCCUUCUGUCACUGAGCUCUUGAAAUCCCAGGUUCGUUUUGUGGCAGCUAAAGGUAACAUUUCAACCAUCAGUUUCGACAGUAAGAAGGCUAUAUUUCGCCUGCCCAUCAUUAGUUUAGACGUAAACACAGAGGUGAUAUUGAGAAACUUGGUGGCUUAUGAAGCAUCGAAUGCAUCAGGACCAUUAGCUUUUUCACGCUACACUGAGUUGAUGAAUGGGAUUAUUGAUUCCGAGGAGGAUGUGAAAAUUCUUAGGGAGAGAGGGAUAAUUUUUAACAGGUUGAAGAGCGAUGCAGAGGUUGCUAAUAUGUGGAAUGGGAUGAAUAAAUCAAUUAGACUGACGAAAGUGCCGCAGAUUGAUAAGGUGAUUGAAGAUGUUAACAAGUAUUACAACAGCCGAUGGAAGGUUAAGUUGGGGAAAUAUAUGAGGCUAUAUGUGUUUGGUUCUUGGCAAUUUCUUACCUUGCUUGCUACCAUUUUGCUCUUGCUCUUGGUGAUGUUACAAGCUUUUUGCUCCGUCUAUAACUGUCGUAAAUUUAAUCUUGCCUCAACCUUCGAGUGAUUGUAUUUGGUUUCUGAAUUUUCUCGUGGCUUGCAUAUCUUCGGUACGAAUCAGCAGUACCCUCUCCUAAUUUGAGCCCUGAAUUUUUAAAAAUCUCAUAAUAUUUGUCUAUUUGUCUAAUAUAUUCUUAUUUUGUGAGAUACUGUUGUAAAAUUAUCUCCACAAGAUUAUUUGAUAAAGGAAAAGCUUGGUUUGUAUGCUUUCUUCUUUCCGGAGAAAUGAGUUUUGUGCAUUGUGAUUCCCGGAAUUGUAUUUGGUUAUCUCUUAAUGGAUAUUGUAAUAUAAGGUUGCUUGUGAAUAAAUAUCUCAUUAUAUUA